AUGAGAUGGCUACGUUCUUCUGGGAAGGGUUCCACAUCCUGGCCACAACCUCCAGCAUCAGAAGAGCCGUUGUCGCCAAAAGUUGGUCUAAAGAGACUGCUCGGCAGUAAGCUAGGGAGCGAAACGCCUGGACAGAGGUUCGUGUCACACGUGGAUCCAACCUUCUCAAUCAUCAUUCUAGCAGUGCUACGAAACCCUCUUUUCAAGGGGUGCGUCAUUGGCUGCCUGAACCAGGUAAACGCCGAGAAUGGGGUUGCUUCCUGCUCAGCUUUAGAUAGCGACAUCAGUUUCUCAGGGUUAAAUUUUCAACAGGCUGGCGCGCGGAGAUUGAAACAUGCCCCUGUUCUGAAAUACUCAGUCACCCAAUUGACAGCUGGCGAGCGUGUCUGGAGUCUGUUCAUGGUUGAGAACACAGGAUUUGAUAUAGUUGACGCUUCCGAGCCAAUUGAAGAGGAGACGCUUCCAAACUACAGCUCAGCAAACUAUUAUCCAGCUCACAUCGGCCAGGUGCUCCUGGACAGGUAUCAGAUUGUAGGGAAACUGGGCUAUGGAGUCACUUCAACUGUUUGGCUAGGCCGUGAUCUGCUCAAAAACUUGCUUCUUCAGAUUGAUAAUAUCGGUGUGUUCAAAAUUUUUGAAGAAACUGAACUAGAAGAGCCAGCACCAAGAAAGGUUCUGGAAGACCAUACCAUCUAUAUGAGUCGGCGCGUUCCCGGAACCGAAACACUCCCUAUCAUAACGGAUUUUGGGGAAGCUAGGCUCGUAAGUAAGACUCGAAAGGAGGAGAGUAUUAUGCCUGAUGUUUAUAGGGCACCGGAGGCAAUUCUCUGGAUGGAGUGGAACGACAAGGUUGAUAUUUGGAAUGUCGCAGUUCUACUGUGGGAUCUCGUUUCUAAACGCCAUUUGUUUGAUGGGCGGGACUCGGAAGGUGCAGUUGAUGAGUCGCUUCGUCUUGCAGAAAUGAUUGCCAUCAUGGGUCCUCCUCCGAAGGAGUUCUUGAACAGGAGUGACGCAUGCCGCAUAUUCUGGGACGAAAAUGGGGAGUGGAGAAACUUCGCUCCAAUCCCGGACGUCACACUCGAGAGCCUCGCCGUAGGCAUUGAGGGUGACGAUAAGGAGGGCUUUUUGAACUUUCUCCGCAAAAUCCUUCGUUGGCUACCGGAGGAAAGGCCCACGGCUGGAGAACUAGUGUACGAUGAGUGGGUGCUGAAGGGCUUGGGCAAAGGCAAGGGCAAGAGCAAAGGAGCUUAG